AUGAGCUUUUUAGAAAACCCAUUUGCCGAGGAAGAAGAGGAGGUGGUGCCGGACACCCCAUUUGGGAACUAUGAUGUAGCACAGCGCGAGAACAAAUACAACGCGCUUAUUUUAUCCGAGUCUACCCUUGGAAGCCGCCGUCGCGAGGUGGCAGAGGGGCACCUUGCCGAACUUCACACGUUGGUGGAUCGGAAUACCAAUCUGCGGAAACGACUAAACGACCUUGACGAAAUACCAACGCUUGGCGAUCCCCCCGCGCGCUCUUUCGCGUCGGAUGCACCGCAGGCCAUUCUCGCAACGCUGCAACGACGCCUUCACGAGGGCGAGGCGGUGAUCGCGCGGGGUGAGGAUUCGAUCGAGUUCGGCGCCGCGAUACCGUCAGAUCGACCUCCACAUUCCUCGCGCGGUGAGGCGGGGGAGGAUCUUCUACCGCUUCUUGCCGGAAGCGCCUCCGAGUCCUGCGAGGAGGGCGACGAGGAGGCCGCGCCUCUGGCUUUCGACGCGACGAGACUUCAGCACUGGGUGGAGGUUCUCACUGAGGAUAUCCAUCAAACCCGGGUGGAGGGCGUGAAAAUCGCGGAGGAUGAUCUGCUAUAUGCCUUCAUUGACUACAUCCGAAGUGAACUCCAACAGUACAUGGAACUUCGCACGAAUUUGCAUGCUCAAGAGGCUUCCAUUCAACAUAAGAUGGGUGUUCUUGGGCGGUUGAAAAGAGAGGGCGCCGUGCGCUUGGCAAAGCUAGCUGCGGAAGCAACGGUUCGAUCCCCUUUCUUUUCGUCGGAGCAUGCUUUGGCAGUUUUGGCGAAUAAGGACCUGGCGGAGGAAACUAAGCGCCUAGAGGUUGUGGUAGCAUUACUUCUCAGAAAUGAGUCUGUCAAGCAAAAGGCUCUUGAAUAUAACCAAGUCGUGAGACGCUGCAGAGCGGAGCAGCACCAGAUGGAACUCAGGCGAGAAAAUGACGAGAUUGGACGUGAGGUGCUUUUCCUACGUCGUCUUCUCUCAUCCAGUGAUACGACUGAAGACGGCGCGGCGUCCUCAGAAGAACAAACCACCGAUUGCCCGUUGGCUGAGCCCACGACGACGGAAAAAAUGCACAGAUUCAACACUAGCAUCAUCUCGAGAAUCCGUCGAGUAGAGGAGAUGUUGAAGAGCCCGGAUUCCGCUGAAUCUGCGGAUAACGUGAGCGGUGGAUCUGAAGAUGUUUUUCAUUCCUUGUCGGAUACUCUGACGGAGAUCCAUGUGAGGACUCUCGAGAGGGUGGUGCAGCUUCAAAACUCGUGCUUGCGUGUUUUCACCGCUCUAAAUGCGGAUCUUGAGGUUCGCGCCGCAAGGGCUUCGCUUCUCAUGCAGCUUGUGCUUCACAACGUGGGCUUUGAAAAUCGCAUGGUGGAGGCUGUCCUUGAUGUCCCUUCACAAGACCUAAGUGCCUUCCCAAGCGAAGUUUCAGAUUACUUCACGGACAACAACGAGGAGUUCUUUUCCCAGUUUCAGGCGGAACUGGAAAGUAUUGUAUCUGCCGCCAAGCGUCAGCUCAGCAGACAAGUCGCUUUGGGGGAUAAAGUCCGUCAUUUGGCCCUUCAGCAACUACCCCAAGGACUCGCCGAAAUUUCUCUGCACGGGGAUUUAGGUGUGGCGAUUACAAGUCCACCUGGCCCUGUUCCGCGUAUCGUUCUGGAGGAAAACAUCCAGAAGUCCAUGGAUGCAGAGCUAGCGGCCGCAAGCGACGCCGAGGAUCGGCUUGUUGGGGAUAUUUCCACCGCUCUCGAGGAGUGGAGAAGCGAUUUAGCAAAAAAACUAGGCUGGGAUGAUAAACAGAACCACACCGAGUCGUUAAGGCUGUUGUACACGCUUGAGAAGCAAAACCGUUCUCUUGAGAAGUGCCUGCACAUUGAGCGGGAGGCGCUGGAGAGCGAGCGGGCUGCGGAGCCUGACCUGGCAUUACUGGAAUCUCGUCUAGAGAAUAUCCAACUGGAGGUGAGGGCCCUGGAGGCCGAGGAGGAGGCUCUGUUGGAGCAAAUCUCGGCUUUUCAGAGCGUGCAUGCAGCAUAA